AUGUAUUUUACUCUUGCUUGGUUCCCAGCUGUACAGCCAAUCGUCCUAAUUUUUGGUGUCGGCUCAUAUCGGAAGAAAGUUCUGCAGCUUUUCGUGCUUUUUUUACACGAAGCAAGAAUUGUUUCAAAAAUUCGACUCUCUAAACUCUCGUCGGUCAGCCUAAAAGAAGAUAUAACUUCAACGCAUUCAUCCAGAAUAACAACCUCAGUUCAUGGACAU